AAUCAGGUGCUGUUUUCACAUUUGGAAAAAGCAAAUUUGCAGAAGAUAUUCCUAGCAAGUUCUGGUUCAAAAAUGACAAGCCUGUGCUUAUAUCAUGUGGAGAUGAACAUACCGCUAUUGUUACAGGGAAUGGUAAACUAUACAUGUUCGGCAGUAACAACUGGGGCCAGUUAGGACUAGGAUCAAAGAACACUGUCAGCAAACCAACAUGUGUUAAAGCUUUAAAACCAGAAAAAACAAAACUUGCUGUUUGUGGAAGAAACCACACUUUAGUUUACACAGAAAAAGGAAAUGUGUAUGCUGCUGGAGGUAACAGUGAAGGUCAGUUGGGAUUAGGUGACACAGAGGAAAGGACCACAUUUCAUUUAAUUAGUUUUUUUACCAACCAGCACAAGAUCAAACAGCUAGCAGCUGGAUCAUACACCUCAGCAGCAGUAACUGAGGAUGGGCAGCUUUUUGUGUGGGGUGACAAUUCAGAAGGUCAGAUUGGCUUGGCUCAGGAAGCCUGUGUCAGUGUCCCUUGUCAAGUCGAUGUUGGAAAACCUAUUUCCUCUGUAUCCUGUGGAUAUUAUCACUCUGCCUUGAUAACAGGAGAUGGUGAGCUCUAUACUUUUGGAGAACCUGAGAAUGGGAAACUGGGAUUAUUGCCUGAACAGCUGAAGAACAAUAGAGUCCCACAGCCUGUACUGGGAAUUAUGGAAAAGGUUAAUAAGGUUGCUUGUGGUGGAGAACACACAGUGGUGCUGACAGACACAGAUGUAUAUACUUUUGGACUUGGACAAUAUGGGCAGCUGGGACAUGGUACUUUUAUUUUUGAAACUUCAGUACCAAAGUCUGUGAAACACUUGAGGAAGCAUAAAAUAUGUAACAUUACAUGUGGGGAAAAUCAUACUGCUGUAAUUGCAGAGAAUGGCCUCAUGUUUACUUUUGGAGAUGGACGACACGGCAAGUUAGGACUUGGAGAAGAGAAUUUUACAAAUCAGUUUGAUCCCACUCUGUGUUAUAAUUUCUUGAGGUUCACAGUCCUUUUGGUUGCUUGUGGUGGUUGUCACAUGCUAGUUUUCGCUGCUCCAAGAUCUGAAGGAUCUGAAGAAAUACUCUUGGAAGAUUUAUGUGAGAGCCGUUUGACUGCUACUAUCUCUAAAACGAGUGGAGACUCACUACUAACAAACACCUUACAACUAACAUCAGCACGAAUACGACGUCGAGAGAGGGAAAAGUCACCAGAACAGUUUAUUCGAAUGGCACAAACUCUGCCUCCACUGGGAGAAAGCUUCUUAAAAUCUUCAUUGCCUGUGACUAGCAACACUAGCCCACUCUGUUUUUCUGCAACAAGUCUUCCUAAAGCUCAACCUAUGAAGCAUAAAGACCAUGAAAAAGAAAAGACUCAUCAAAAAGAUAAACCUGGUGAAGGUCCUGCAGAAGAAGAUUCAGAUAGUGAAAAUAAUGACAGAAACCUUGGAGAUACAACUGACAUCCUAAAUAUGACACAUGCAAUGAAAUUGAAUCCCAGUGACCAGUCCUUAAAAUUAUCACCACUCCAAAAGCAAAAGAAGAACAAUAAAAAUGUGAAACUGAAAAGAGAUGAAGGGGACUACUAUGAGGGCAGAGAGGUCCAGAAGGCAAUGAAAACAGUAGAAAAAGUGAGAGAUUUGGACGUAGAAAAAGAAGACAGUGAGAUUGAGGAGAUCCAGGCUACAAACAAUGAGAAAGAAAAUGUAGAAGAGACUGAUAUAAAAGGCCUGAAUGAGGAAGAAACAAACUCUGAAGCUAAAUCUGAUGAAGACAGGCAGUUAGAAAUUAAGAAUGAGGAGGAAUCUAAUCAAGAGCAGGAGAGUGAAGGCAGUGAAAAGGCUGAAAGUGAAAAAGAAAAACUAGAUGAAACAGUUGACAGUGAAGGUGAACUAGGAGAGGAAGAAGAAGGGAGUGAGGUUAAAAAAGAUAGAGAUGAAGCUUCAGUAGAAAGAGAUGAAGAAGAAGGGAGUGAGGUUAAAAAAGAUAGAGAUGAAGUUUCAGUAGAAGGAAAUGAAGAAGAAGGGAGUGAGGUUAAAAAAGAUAAAGAUGAAGUUUCAGUAGAAAGAGAUGAAGAUGAAGAGGAAAAAGAUAACGAGGAAGAAAAUAAAAGAGAGGAAUCACAGACUGAGAGAGACAGUGAGAAUGAGAGUUCAGAAGAGAUUAAUCAGGAAGAAUGCAAAAAGCAAGGAGGUGAGGAGUGCAAGUUGAUGGAGGAAGAAGAAAUGCUGAGUGAGGGAGAAAAGGAGGAUGUGGAAGAGGAGGAGGAAUAUGCAAAAGGGGAAGACACUGAAAAAGAAAAGGAGGAACAGGUUAAAAGUGAGGGAAGAGAUGAGAGUGAGGAAGGAGGUGAAGAUAGAGAGGGGGAGGAAGAAAAACAGGUAGAGGCAGAAGAGGAAGGAGAAGAUGAAAAGAAAAAUGAAGAAGAAAACAAAGAAAGGGAGAAUGAAAAAGACAAAGAGAGUGAAGAGGAGGAGGAGGAUGGAGUGGAAGAAGGAGAAGAGGAGGAGGAUGAAAUGGAAGAAGAAAGAGAAGACGGGGAAGAGGAAGGAGCAGAGGCAGAAGGGGAGGAAAAGGAAGAAGAUGAAAACAAGGAAGAAGAGGAGUGGGAAAAUGAGGAAGAGGAAGGUGAAGAAGAUGAGGGAGAAGGGCUGGAAGAAAAUGAGGGAGCAGGAGAGGAAGAAGAAGAGGGAGAAGAGGGAGUUGAGGAAGGUGAAGAAGACGAGGGAGAAAGGCUGGAAGAAAAUGAGGGAGCAGGGGAGGAAGAAGAAGAGGGAGAAGAGGGAGUUGAAGAAGGUGAGGAGGGAGAAGGAGUGGAAGAAGAGGAAGAGGAGGAAAAAGAGGAAGAAGAGGAAGAGGGAGAAGAGGAGGAAGGAGGAGAGGGAGAAGAACAGGAAAAGGGAGAAGAAAAAGGCGAAGAGGGAGAAGAGGAACAAGAAGGGGAAGAGGGAGAGGGGGAAGAAGGAGAAGAGGAGGAAGGGGAUGUGGAAGAGGAGGAAGAAGGGGAUGUGGAAGAGGAGGAAGAAGAGGAUGAG